UACCUGACCAGCACUACGGUCAGUCUCUAACGGUCAGUCUCUCCGUGGUGCUGAGAAGUCACCGGAGCCGUCUCUCUGCUUUUUGCAGGGCCAGCCUCUCACCUGUGCUUCGCGGGAGUGUCUGAGGCCACAAGGCAUGCCCCAGAGGCAGGGCUGACCGCACAGGCUUCUCUCUCAGGACGCUGCUGGGCAGGGCCGGCGGGGGCAAGAUGUGGCUCGGACUCCUGCUGACUCUUCUGCUCUGUCCAAGCCUCGAGGGGCAGGAAAACUCUUUCACCAUCAACAGCAUCCACAUGGAGAUCCUGCCGAAGAAUGAGGUGCAAAACGGGGAGAACCUGACCCUGCAGUGCAUUGUGGAUGUCAGCACCACCUCCCUCUUCAAGCCUCAGUACCAGAUGCUGUUCUAUAAGAACGAUGCGCUCUUUUACAAUAUCUCCACCGUGAAGAGCACAGAGAGUUUCCCUAUUCCCCAAGCCCGAGUCUAUAACUCAGGGACAUACAAAUGCACUGUGAUUCUGAACAACAAGGAGAAGACAUCAGCAGAGUACCAGGUGUUUGUGAGAGGAGUGCCAAAUCCCAGAGUCACCCUGGAUAAGAAGGAGGCCAUCGAAGGCGGAGUGGUGAAGGUCAACUGCUCUGUCCCUGAGGAAAGGCCCCCCAUCCAUUUCAUCAUUGAAAAAUUCAAGCUAGAGGUAAAAGAUGUCAAGCAAAAGAGAGAAAAAACUUCUUUGACCCAGAAUUCUGUGAUGAUGGAAUUCCCAGUGGAAGAACAGGACCACAUCAUAUCUUUCCACUGUCAAGUUAUCAUCGUUUCCGGCACCCAAGUGGAGUCCUCGCAGUCCGUCAAGAGUGAUAUGGUCACCGUGACUGAAUCUUUCACUACUCCCAAGUUCCACAUCCGCCCGCAGGGCCUGAUCACGGAGGGAGACGAGCUCCAGAUCAGGUGUACCAUCCAGGUCACACACCUGCCUCAGGUGUUUCCGGAGAUCAUAAUCCAGAAGGACAAGGUGAUCGUGGCCCACAGCAAGGAAGGCAACCAAGCCGUCUACUCCGUGAUGGCCAUGGUGGAGCACAGUGGCCAUUACAAGUGCAAGGUCGAAACCAGCCGCAUCUCCAAGGUCAGCAGCAUCGUGGUCAACAUAACAGAGCUAUUUUCCAAGCCCAAGCUGGAAUUUACCUCCACAAGGCUGGACCAGGGUGAAAUCUUGAGUCUGUGGUGCUCUGUGCCAGGACAACCUCCAGCCAACUUCUCCAUCCAGAAGGGAGACAUGAUUGUGUCCCAGACUCAAAAUUUCACCAAGAUAGCCUCAGUGUGGGACAGUGGGACAUACACCUGUCUGGCAGGCGUGGGCAAGGUGGUCAAGAAGAGCAACAGUGUCAACAUCACUGUGUGUGAAAUGCUCUCCAGGCCCAGGAUAUUUCAUAAUGCCCGGUCUGAGGUGAUUAAAGGACAAACCAUAGAAGUCAGUUGUCAAUCCACAAAUGGAAGCUCACCUAUUUCCUACAGCCUUCUGAAAGCAAGUAACGUCUUGGACAGGCGAGACGAGAACUCCAACAGCCCCGCAGUGUUCCAAGACAAACCAACACAAGACACCGAGUACCAGUGCCUGGCAGAUAACUGCCACUCCCACGACAGGAUAGCCAGCAGCGUCCUCCAGGUCAAGGUGAUCGCCCCCGUGGAUGAAGUCAAGCUUUCCUUCCUGCUUGACAAUGUGGUGGAGUCUGGGAAAACCAUUGCCCUUCAGUGCGCCGUGAACGAAGCAUCUGGCCCAAUCACCUACAAGUUUUACAGAGAUAAGGAGGACAGGCCAUUCUUCGAAACCUCCUUGAAUGACACCCAGGCCAUUUGGCACAGAACAGAGGCUAGCAAGGAGCAUGAGGGACAGUACUACUGCACAGCCCUCAACCGAGCCAACCCGCCCAAGAGCAACACCCCCCAGAGCAAUAUCCUGACUGUCAAAGUCUUUUUUGCCCCCUGGAAGAAAGCACUCAUCGCCGUGUUUGUCACUGGAGUGAUCAUCGCCGCCUUGAUCCUCGGGGCCAGAUGCUAUGUCCUGAAGAAAGGCAGAGCCAAGCAGAUGCCAGUGGAGAUGUCCAGGCCGGCAGCACCACUUCUGAGCUCCAAUAGCGAGAAGAUGUCGGAUGCCACCAUCGAAGCCAGCAGGCAUUAUGGUUACAAUGAAGAUGUUGCAAACCAUGCAAAGAAACCAAUAAAUGAGAAUAAAGAGCCUCUGACCUUGGACGUGGAGUACACAGAGGUGGAAGUGACCUCUCCAGAGCCCCACCGAGGUCUGGAGACGAAGGGCACGGAGACCGUGUACAGCGAGAUCCGGAAAGCUGACCCCGAUUUCAUGGAGAACAGAUACUCCAGAACGGAAGGCUCCCUGGAUGGAACUUAGGACUGUGAGGCAGAGGCUCGCCCCUGGGAGGGCAGGCACGUUCCAGGAAGAGCAGACGGUCCCUGUAUUCCAAGAACUCUGUGCGCUUCUUCAUGAACCUGCCCCGCUCCCACCAAACACGGCGAUGCCUCAGGCCACGUCUCCAGCUCCUCACCCCUCCUCCUGCAUGUAAGAACUAUCGGGAGCAUAGAGGGGCCGGUUCAUUUCCCACGCGACCCACGUCACCCAGGCGGAGUGUCCUCAGGAGUGGUGAGUGGCAGAUGGAGGUUGAGGGUCAUCAGGCCAUUGGGAUAUUUUGAAACUUGAAUAUUUUGUCUUGUACAGAGAUCAGGAACUUUUCCAAGUACCCUCAUCCCCAGAAACCUGUUCUUGCUGUCCCUCCCAGCAAGUGACCUGGCUUAGGGACUAGUCUCUUUGUCUGCUUUUGGUCCUUCGAGGGCCUGUGGUUCACCGUGCUGGUCACACAACUGCCCCCUCUCCAUGACCUUGAUCUCCAUGACCUUGACCUCCACCGAUGGGAACACAGAGCUGCUUGGGAGCAACAUCUGAGAAAUGCCAACUUGAAGACAAAGUUCAUCCCAUUCUGGGCAAGGCACGAGACAGAAAACGAAGUGGAAAAAGCACAGAUGUUCUUCAGCUCUUUCCUACACCCUUUCUUACUUUUCCUCUCCUCUGCUGCAGGCUGGAAGACAGGAAAAUGGUUGCCUACAGCACAGAUUUUUAAUAGAAAAAUCAAAAUGCCUAUUUUUCUUACUAAUUUUUUUUUUUAAUUUAUUCCUUGCUAAGGAAAUGGUCUCCUGAGGUUUUAAGAUGUUUCUGAUUGUGUCUUGAGAUGGGGCAGAGGGCCUGUGGCCAUUCUGCUGUGGAAUUGCAUGGGUGUACACACGCAGCACACAUCUUCGGGAACCCAUUCCCGCCCCCACCCCCCACCCCGCACCCCACAAGUGACAUGGCUCCGGGGAACCUGU